AUGGGGGAUUUUAAGAAACCUUUUGAGCUGAUUAGUUGGAAUGAUAUCAAACGAUUCCCCCAGUCGUUCAAAAGAAGGUCAAAAAUCGGGUCGUUUACAUUCGAUGAAGAAUUCGAUACCUUACAUAAAGACUUGGGCGUUUUAGAAGGUAACCUUGGCACUUUGAUAAAAUACAGUAAGCUUUUUGACGUUCAUAGUAAGCGAUUAGUUGAUCAUUGUGGUGAAAUCGGUGUUUGUGUUCAAAAUUUAAUGGAUCCUUAUAACAAUUUCGAUAUUUCAGUCAGAGAAUCACUUAGGAAGAAAGGUAUUGGUGAGCUUUCUGAAAGUAUGUUCAAAUCCACAGAAGCGAAGGAAAUGUUUUUCAAGGAAUAUACUUAUUGGAAUGCUUCAGGGAUAUAUAUUGAACAAAUCAAUGGUCUUAAACAAGUGAUCAAUGGUCCUUCCAGAGUAUGUGAAAUCAUUGAAUUGAAAUGUAAGAAAUGUCUUGCAAUCAUUGAAGAAGUUAAAAUCAAGGUGAAAGCUAGGAAUCAUGCAUUGGAUGACUACGAUAGUGUUUAUAAUGACCUUGAAGGAUUAUGUUUCAAAGCAAAGACUAAAGAUUUAACAGCCAAGGAAGCUCAAUUACAAUUCAACUUGCAACGGAAGCGAGAACAUUAUCGCACCCAGUACACUCAAAUCAAUGAUUUGUUCAAGAAGGAAUUGCCUUUCUUCUUCAAAUUGGUAGAAUUAUUCAUCAAGCCUAUCAAUUAUAUUUUCUUUUAUCAUCAGCUUCUGAUUUCUUAUCAGAUUGCAACAAGCCUUUAUCCAUUGCAACAAACUUUAAAGUUUGGUGUUGAUGAAUUAGGUGCAAGAUGGAAUGGAGAGGUGAUUAGACAGUGCCAGAGAUUGAUGCAGAGUCAGGAAAUGUUGAUUCAACAACUUAAUAUUCUGCACUUUAGGGAUAACUAUUAUAAGAAGUUGACCGAUAGUGACGUCAAGACAGAGAUUAAAGAAGUUAUAGAAUCUGUCACCGUCCCUGAUUACUUGAACUUGAAAAACACUUAUUGUAGAGCUUUGUAUGAUUACCAGGCUCAACAAGAUGGGGAUCUCACAAUUCAAAAAGGUGAUAUCAUCCAAGUCAUUGAUCAAGAAGGUCAAUGGUGGGAGGGAAAAAUAGAUAACAACACAGGCAAAUUCCCUUAUAAUUAUGUAGAAAUUCUCACAUAA